GUUCAUCGUUACUCAGAAUUUUUACGUCCGACGGCCAUAAAUCGACAGCUUUUUGUGCAGUUCAAGAAUGUGCCCUACUCACUACUACUCAAUCUAUGAUUUUACAAUCAUUAUGUGUCUUUUAAUUAAUGUUUGUAAAGCUAAACACAAUAAUUUUCAAAUAAAGAAGGAAAAUACUUUUGUUUUGAAGACUGGUUUCAAGUUCUCACAUUUAUUACUACUGAUUAGUUAUAGGCAGCAUCAACAAACAAUAAGUACAUGCUACUGUGAACAUAAAUUAAUGAAAUUCUAAGUAAUUUCCAAUAUUUUUGAUAAAAUUUCUUUUGCGUUUAUAAAAUAUUUAGGAAUCUCGGAUCAACCUAAACGAAUAACUUUGCUUCGAUAGUGUUGAGCUGCAAAAAGUGAUUUAAAUAUCGAGGUGACGUGCCAGUAAUGAAUAUCUUCAGUAUAUAAUCCAAAAAUAGCGCUCUACGCAUUCUUAGAGACUAAAGAGUUGGUGACAUCAUAUCCUUUUGAUGUUGCCGUCAGUAAAGCUUACGUUUAUAGUAGAAAAAUAAAAAUUUAAAUAGUUUCUUACAAGAACUAACGUUCUUCAAAAUUAAUUGAAUAUUAAAUAACUUUUAUCGUAAUACAAUAAGUCUUAAUUUUAUUUUGUUGACGAAAUAAAAAUAGCUAGAGUGAUUUUUAAACGUAAGCCGUUCAAUUUGGGAGUUUUAAAACUUUGAGUGUUUCCGAACGAAUCCUGUGCAUGGUCGAUUUUCCUGUUUGCUGUUCUCCAUUUGCUGAGAAGUGUUUAAUUUCGAUCAAUUCGUGCUUUGUUCCAAUUAUUAUCUCUUUUGUAUUAUAAGUUAAUAUUAUUAGUUAAUUAACAAUUUAACGUUUGAAUAUAAUUGUUGUGAUUUUACAAUUACCACAUAAAACGACUUUGGUGGUACUUUUGCGUUUAGACAGGGAGCCAUCUUGCAAUCUCUAAUCAAAGGUCCUUGGCUCACAGUUUCGUUGUCUAGUUGAAAGUCAGUAUAACUCAACAUAAAAUAGUCAAAUGGCGUUAAAAAGAAUUAAUAGGGAAUUACAAGAUCUGGGCAGGGAUCCACCAGCACAAUGUUCGGCAGGCCCACACGGUGAAGAUCUGUUCCAUUGGCAAGCCACAAUUAUGGGCCCAGUUGACAGUCCUUAUCAAGGAGGAGUUUUCUUCCUUACCAUACAUUUCCCUACAGACUACCCUUUCAAACCACCAAAAGUUGCAUUCACAACACGUAUUUAUCAUCCUAACAUAAACAGUAAUGGUUCCAUCUGUCUUGACAUUCUGCGUGCACAGUGGUCACCAGCGCUCACCAUAUCCAAAGUGUUGCUCUCAAUCUGCUCACUUCUAUGCGAUCCCAACCCAGACGACCCUUUGGUGCCAGAAAUUGCUAGGAUCUAUAAAACAGACAGAGAAAAGUACAAUGAAUUAGCCCGUGAGUGGACGAGGAAGUAUGCCAUGUGAUGAGUCAAUUGUGACAUCAACAAAACAUACACACACACAUCGCCACAGCCCGGGCUCUAUCCUCCUACCCUUGUUCCCAUUCCCUAUUAGUCCUUAAUCCAUUUAAAUCCCAAUCCUUCAUUUUUUGGACAUUGUAAAAAUCUUAAAGGUUAUUUUAGGAUCUGUCUAAUUUCAGUCAUGGCUGUUAUAUUUAAAAAUGCGAAUUUAUUGCAUCUAAGUAAAUACAAAAAUACACAUGUGCAAACAUUGUUUCUGUCCUCAUUAGUAAGAAAAUUUUCUGUAAGAUCAAUAUUUCUUUCGACUUUAUGUCAUCUGUAGAUGUCUUUACACUCAUUUAGUUCAAGUUUAGUUAAAUUGAGUUUAUUGAAUUGAUGUAAAUCCCAGACUUAAUACUUUAACUAGAUCUAAAUUACAUUGUAAACUGUUCAAUAGCCAUAAUUUUAGGAAAACGGAGCGUUCCUUGCUUGCAAGUUGUCUGAUUCACUUAAGGAUUUUGUCAAUGAAAUGUAAGUGAAGCUCAUAAGUGUUAAGAACAUUUUGGGUAUUGUAAGUAAGUGGUAUUACAAAGUGAGCUCAUUGACGGAGUCGAAUGAGUGUUAAUUUUUUUUACUAGUAACAUCUUUUUUAUUUAGUAAAUGUAGCGUGCUACAAACUACAUUGGCAAUUGGUCAGUUUUCUUUCAUCCACAAUAUUUCUUAUUCGGAAAACGCUCCAAUAGCUACGACAGUAUAAAUUACAGUGUAUCUCAUAUGAUAAGUUAUGAUUAAUCUAGAUUUUUUCAAUAUGGCGAUCUUUAUAAUAUAAUUUUAUCUAAUAUAUAUUGUGGUUGUAAGGAUAUCUGCGUUGUGAUUUUCACAGACAUCCCAUCCACUUAUCCUAUCCUUGUUUCCUCAAUUAUCAAAGCAUUUGAGUUACUUGGCGUGAGUGGCAACGAAAGUGUGUUAUACUUACAGCUGCCGGCAAGCAAGAGCUUGGUUCACUUGGUUAAUUAACAACAUCAGGAGAGAUUCAAAUUGAAAAGCUUUUUCAUUGUAAUCAAUCAACAACUUGUACUCUAGCUUCACUAAAUUGUAAGAAACAAUAAAUUAUUGUGUAUGUAAAUAAAA